GAAGUUUCUUCAUCAACAGCUUGUCAGCCAUCUCCGUAGCUUGUUAGCCAAUAUAGCCGAAACGUAUUAGCUCUUUAGACUGUUUCAGUGUAAAUUGGUCCCUGUGUUUUAAACAUACUUAUUUCGUAUAGCUAGUUUUUCCCAUUUAAUUAAAUAUAUACGUUGUUAAGUUAGUAGCUAGCUGGAUUGCUAAAUUAGCUUAGAACCAGGCUAGUCGUUAAUGCUAACUAGCUAACAUCCCCGACCAUGAGUUCACUAAGCUACUCUCCUCCAGCUAAACAAGAGGAGGUCUGCUGGACGGAGAAAGAAGCUCUGGGACUGAACAUUGUCGUGAAAGAAGAAGCGGAGGAUGUUUCAGUAAAAAGAGAGGAAGAAGCUUUCAGAAUGAAAGAGGAGGAUGAGGAGGCUAUCAGUAUCACGUGGGAAGAAGAGGACGAUAAUGUUAGAGUGAAAGAAGAGAAAGAACAUUUUAGAGUGAAAGAUGAAGAGGGGAUAGAGGCUGUCACAGUGGAAGAAGAGGAGGUAGAAGCUUUCAGAAUUAAAAAGGAGGAAGAGGAGGAUGUAACAUUGAAAGAAGAAGAAGAAGAAGAAGAGGAGGAGGAGGAGGAUGUUAUAGUGAAAGAAGAGAAAGAACCUUUUAGAGUGGAAGAGGAGGCUAUCUUAAGAAAAGAGGAGGAGGAAGACGUUUUGGGGGUGAAAGAGGAAGAAGAGGAGACUGAAGAUCUGAUUAACACCAGAGAGAGACGGGACUAUCGUGGAUCCUCUGGGGAGCCUCAACAACCUCAUGAUGCUGACAAGGUAGAGAAGAGUCUCUCCAGAUCAGAACGCCUCAAUAAACACCUGCAGAGACCCACAGGGAGGAGAACUCACUGCCGCUCUGACUGUGGGAAGAGAUUCACCUCAUCAGGCAUUAAAAUUCAUCAGAGAACACACACGGGAGAGAAAUCGUAUAGCUGUGGUCAAUGUGAGAAGAGUUUUAGUCGAUUUGGCCAUCUGACAUUACACCAGAGAAUACACACAGGAGAGAAACCUUAUAGCUGUGUUCAAUGUGGGAAGAGUUUUACUCAGUCAAUCAGCCUGAUAUCACACCAGAGAAUACACACAGGAGAGAAACCUUAUAGCUGUGGUCAAUGUGGGAAGAGUUUUGUUCAAUCUGGCUCUCUGACUCUACACCAGAGAAUACACACAGGAGAGAAACCUUAUAGAUGUGGUCAAUGUGGGAAGAGAUGUACUACAUCUGGCUCUCUGACUGUACACCAGAGAAUACACACAGGAGAGAAACCUUAUAGCUGUGGUCAAUGUGGGAAGAGUUUUGUUCAAUCUGGCUCUCUGACUUUACACCAGAGAGCACACACAGGAGAGAAAUCUUAUAGCUGUGGUCAAUGUGGGAAGAGUUUUGUUCGGUCUGGCAAUCUGACUCUACACCAGAGAACACACACUGGAGAGAAACCUUAUAGCUGUGAUCAAUGUGGGAAGAGUUUUACUCAGCUAAACAACCUGAUAGUACACCAGAGAACCCACACUGGAGAGAAGCCUUAUAGCUGUGAUCAAUGUGGGAAGAGUUUUCCUGCAUCUAGCAAGCUGACUUCACACCAGAGAACACACACAGGAGAGAAACCUUAUAGCUGUGAUUUAUGUGACAAGAGAUACUCUGAUAAAAGAUCUCUGAUCAAACAUCAGAAAAUACAUACAUGAAGGAGUUGUUUCAUGAUAUCAAUGAAAUGUCACAAUGUAGAAUGUUUUAACAUUGUAGAAGGAGUAUUUUAAUGAUGUCACAAUGUAGAAUGUUUUAACAUUGUAGUAGGAGUAUUUUAAUGAUGUCACAAUGUAGAAUGUUUUAACAUUGUAGAAGGAGUAUUUUAAUGAUGUUCUACCUUAUCCUUUGCCCUGUUCAAUUGAUUGCAGCAUGAUAUGGAUAUUAGCCUCAGGGGAAAAUCCAGGUUCUGAAUUGAAAGAGUAUUAUUUAACCCAAAAAAAGAGCUUUGUUACACUUACUGCGUUGGUGACCCACUUUAAUCAAAAUGCAGCACUUCAAAAUGUAGCUAGCUGUUUUCUACGAGUUGAAAAAGCUGCUUGUUUAAAAAAAUACAUGUAAUAUGAUAAUUGUUGCAGAUGUUUGUGUAUAUACACACAUGAAAGCAUUAUAUAAAAUUGUACUAGUCAAUUUUAAUAACAA